AUGAGAAUAGCAGAAUGCACCGUAGGUGAGGCAAAAGCAAGGGGUAUCUUGGAGGGAUUGGAACUUUGCUGGAAGAUGGGAUUCAGGAAAAUAGAAGUAGAGAGCGAUGCAAAGUUAAUUGGGGAAGCUAUAAAGUACAAAAGAAAUAUUGAAGGUAACUACAACACGUUUGCUAGCAUUCAUGAAAUGUUAAAUCUAGAGUGGCAGGUUCAGAUCAACCAUGUGUACAGAGAGGGCAAUUACUGUGCUGACAGAAUGGCUACAAUAGGUUGGGAACAACUUGAGACAAAGCGUUUCUGGCAACUAACCCCGGAGGACCUCCAAAAGCUGUUGCCUGAUGAUCUGCUGGUUUUUUAUGAUUUAGGCAGUAGUGGAAUUUAG